AUGCUGCAACCAUGCAAUAUCAGAACAAGAGACACUCCUCAACAAUACUAUUCUUACAGGAGAAGUACCGUAUGUUCCAAUGGGACUGAAUACAUCGCGAAAUAUUUAAUAAACACCCACCGCAGUAAUUGGGACGAGCUGAAGGAGACGCUGAAAUCGCGUAUCAAAGCUAAUAUCGAAGAGUUUAUUCACAGAGGUCCAGAUCCAUUGAUUGAACGAUCGAAUCUGCCGGCAACGACAGAUGGACUGGUCAUACCACCUUUCAGAGCGCGUGCAAAUAACCCUAAAUUUGGGCCAACUAGGACUCUCCCUAGCGAUAUGACUGAACAAGAGGCGAACGAGAUGCUCGAGACUGUUAUUGGAAUGAUUGACGGUGGACCACCCUUCACGAUCAAAAGAGUUUGCGAACUUGCUUUGCUUCCCAGGAAUCACUAUCGUACAGUUGGCAAGUAUCUACGAGGACUUGAACGGACGCUGCUGGUGACAUCUUCACCAAACACGUUUAAUCUACAAUCAAUGGAAGAAGAGGGUCCCUCCGUGUACAGUGAGCUUGGAAUGGAUGGCGUUCUAAAGAUCGUCAGCACACCCAUCUUCAGCCCCAUCGCCUUUCUACAUGACGACGCUCGUAGAAGAUCACAAUCGAGAAGCCCUCCUGCUUCACCUCUACGCUUACACAACUCUUUAGCUAUGGGAGAUGCUCCAGCAGAUGAGCCAAAAGGCUUGGGUCUAGUGGAUGAGCUCGACACCCCUGCUCCUGGCCACAUGGCUAGUAAACCUAAUCCCUUGACAGCCACAACGAGUAGUGAGCCACCGACUCCUACUGCAUCGAUGGAAUCUCUCCCUUCAUUAAGUGAGCGAUUCGUAAAAGCGGAGGAUACCGACGGGAAGGGCGAUGGGAACAAAGGGGGUGUGAGUGGUACAGACGGGAACAAGGGGGGCGAGGAUGGUAAAAAUGAAGACGCAGAAGUGGAAAAUAUGGUUUUGAGUCAGGAAGAGGACGUUCAGACAUAA